UCUGCUGUCGCCAUGUUGGUCCACUGGGAGCUGCUGGCGGGGCUACUGGUGCUGACUCUGGAAGGCCGAGCUCACGCGGCGGGCAUCGUUAACGGCCGCGAGGCGGCGCCGCACAGCCGGCCGUACAUGGUGCUGCUGAACCGGCACUUGGCGAAAGGGAGGAUUGAGUACUGCGGCGGCUUCCUGCUGAACGCCGACUUCGUGAUGACGGCGGCGCACUGCCAAGCCCGGUUCUUCACCGUGUUUCUCGGACUUCACAACAUCAAAGACAGCGGAGCGACAAAGAGAACCGUGACUCAAGCUUUUCCUCACAAAGACUACAACGCAACUGAUUUCAGGAAUGACAUCAUGCUCCUCAAGUUGAGCUCCAAGGUACAUUUCACCACAAACGUGAGCCCCGUGGCUCUCGGGGACCAAAGCGACGUCUCUCUGCCCAAAUCCUGCCUGGUGUCUGGCUGGGGAGCGGGAACCGAGCAGAACCAGUACCUGUCGGAGGUCCUCAUGGACGUCGACGUCACGCUGGUUGACCUCGAGCAGUGCGCCAAGAGGAACCUGUACUGCUCCCAUGGGGAUGCGGGGCAGAGUAAGGGAGACUCCGGGGGCCCUCUGGUCUGCGACGGGAAGGCGUACGGUGUGGUGUCCACCACCUUCAUACCAAAAUCAGGUGCCCCGAAAAUCCAUUGUUUUGCCAAGAUUCCCGACGUCAGAAGAUGGAUCCGUUCCACCAUGACCAGCGCGUUGAAAAGACCCGAUAAGCGUGAUUGAUUGAUCGAUUACCACCAUUUUCAUUCGCCGUUGGUGUAGAAUUGGACAGCCGGCAACGUGGCGCCGUGAGAGUCGCUUCACGCAGUUUAUUGAAAAUGUGCUUUCACUUUGACGAUUGAGACAAUUUAAAGUUUUUUAUUUCAAAUAAAUGUGUGAAUUGGUUCAUUUAAGUAAAAUGGUUUUUACUUUUUUGAGUUCCAGAAGCUUGGAGGCGAUGAACUUGACAAUUUGAUUACAUUUUAUAUAUAAUUUUUUUUUAUUAAGUCGACUCAACGCUGUUUAAAUAGAUGCCAUAUAUAUCUUUAUAUCCUUAUAUAUUCACAUAUGUUUGGUUUGAAACAAUAAACUGCUGUUUUCCCGC